CUGGCGCGGCGCAACGUGUACGAAUGAGUCAUUGUAUCGCGCAUAGUUUUUGAGUGUUUGUCCGAAAUCGUGUGCGAGCUAGAAGAUAAGUGCACCCUUUAACGCCCGUGUGUUUAGUGAACGUUUAAAAGAUGGCAACCCGUUGCACAAAAAGAAUCAUGCUGCCCGUCCUAAUAUUGGCCGCUUGGUCCAUUCCUUUCGCCUUUGGAUGCGUUGGUAAGUGCGAUCGGUAUGAGUACUGUGACGAGAACGGCGUAAAGUGCCUUAACUGUAGCCAGCUGUGUGAAGAAGACGAGUACAGUUGUUUCCACAAGUGCCAAAAUUUCCUGUUCAAGGUGGUUUUAAAGAAUGAUAAAAAAGUGUCCGGCCUGGAGCCGACUGUUUCCACCAUGGUUGCAGCAGUUUGGGUGCUUGGUAUACUGGUUGUAUGUUUUCUCGGUGCCACUAUCACACUGCUGAUACACAAGUACUACCCCACCAUAAAAGAAAAAGUUUUUUGGCGGCCGCAAAACAAAACCACAGGCCAACCAGCCCCCGUCGGCUACACGCACGAGAAUCCCAACACCAAAAGCCCCAAGGUGGCGCCGAAGAACGGUGCAAACGUUGCGAGGCAAACAUCGACCACGGUUAGCAUCUAUCCAGAAACGGACGCAGACAACUCGGUACAGACCGGUAUGACCUCGAUCAGCAAUCGCCAUCCGGCGGAAGAUUCGACCGAAAGCUACUCGUACGAUAAUGCGGCAUGUAACGUGACGCCGACCAGCAACAAUCCGAAGCCGAAAUUUUAAGGGUGGUUUCGAAGAACAAUCGACCACCAAAUACUCAUUUUUCCUGCUAUAUGUGUGGAUGCGUACAGGUAUGCAGCAGGCUUAUCUCUCGAUUAGAUCAUCAAAUGUGCUCUAAUCGAAACACAGAAAAGGUAGCAUCAUAAGCACAUCAUAUUGCAUACUUUUAGGCGCAGUUGUGCGAAGAAAACGGGCUCUUAGCAGAACGAGAAUCGUUACGGUCAGGCAAUCAACAGCCGGAAACCACAAUACUACACUUGAAUCUCGUAUGAAUCAAAUCCUGUUUUUAUCACUUUCUAUAACGAAUUCUAUCCCAUCUCUGUUAAGGGUAGAAUUUCUAGUCUAGCUUUGAAUUUCGUUAGGUGUAACUUCUCUUUCAUGUUCCACGAUUUUAUCCCGUCUGAUGCAAUAACAUGAUGUGUGUGUGUGUUUAUAUGUUAAUGUUCGUGUAUUGUGAUGGAAUAGGAAGUAGUUUUUAAGAUUUAUGUGAAGGCCAUUCCUUAUAGAAGAUGUUACGCAGAGCUAAUGAUGUAGCAUAGAGAUGAUAGAAAACGUACUGUUAGAAUAGGAUGUCUCCAGCACAUAAGCACUCCUGAUGUGCGCAAAAGGAAUUUCCUUGAGGAACCCUGUUCUUAGAUUGCUAGAUUUAGGAACAUUCGACGAUCAAGAGCACCAAGACGUAUUGAAAUAAUUUGUUUUAUCAGUAUUGCCACAGUUUUUCGCUUGAUCAGCAGCUAACUAGCGUACGAGUUUAUUCAGUGUCACGCAUCUAUUUUUCAUAUGUUUGCA